CGGAGCAUUGCGAGCCACUAAUUUUUUCUUUCCAUCUAAUUCGAGGCUCCAGCAACAACCGACAUCACCUCACACACAUACAUCUUUUUUUUUUUUCUCUCUUCACCGUCGCCGCCCCAUCAUCUGAUCCUAAACCACGAGACAAAUCCCCUUCCGUUUCGCCAUUUCCCUGUUUUCGAUACGUCGCACAACGACCACACCGGUGAAGGAAGACUCCAAUUAUUUCUACGGAGUCUUGGCCACGGAGAGCGACAUCAUGCGCCGCUGGUAGGGUCGCAGCCAAGAGAGUAGAGUAGGGUAUAGUAGAGUUAGGGAAAGGGAGGUAUGGGGAAACGGCGGAAGGUUGCGCAUAAUGCGCCCAAACCUAGCGCUAGGAAUCAGAAGUCGCACAAGGAAACGCAGGCACAACCACAAUCGAAACCUCAAAAGAAGAAGCAGUCGCAACCGCAGCACGAAGAACCCACGAUACCGUUCGCACCCGAAGACCGGAUCCUGCUGAUCGGUGAUGGAGAUCUCAGCUUUGCGGCAUCAUUGGUAGAGCACCAUUACUGCGCGGAUGUGACGGCUACAGUUCUAGAGAAGAACCUCGAGGAAUUGGUAGAGAAGUAUCCGCAUGUGCCGGAGAACAUUGCCAAGAUUGAAGCCGAGGGCAGUAAGGUGGUGUACAACAUUGAUGCUACUAAGAUGGCUCCGUUCCUAGACAAGAAAGGCAAGGACGCUGUUGGAGUCAUGGAUCGGAUACUCUUUAAUUUCCCGCAUGUUGGCGGUAAGAGCACCGAUGUCAACCGCCAGGUCCGGUAUAAUCAAGAGUUACUAGUCGAAUUCUUCAAGCACGCUAUACCGUCCUUAGCUCCGGGUGGAUCAAUAAUUGUCACGCUUUUCGAAGGAGAGCCGUAUACGCUAUGGAAUAUAAGAGAUCUUGGGCGUCAUACCGGGCUCCAGGUCCAGCGCAGUUUCAAAUUUCAAGCGAGUGCAUACCCGGGCUACCAUCAUGCUAGAACCCUCGGAGUUAUAAAAAACAAAGACGGAGAGGCGAGCGGUGGCUGGAAGGGCGAGGAUCGGGCUGCGAGAAGUUACGUUUUCGUCCGAAAGGAUGAAGAUGUUGCGCCGGCUCUAAGGAAUAAUAAGAAGCGCUCAAGACCUCAAGAUGAUGCGUCUUCGGAUGAUGAUUGAGACAUCAUCCGCCACUUCUCUACGGCUACAAACGAGCACCGGAUAUCAUUCAUCCCAAAGUUCCCAUAUUCGAUAUGAGCACUAUCGGGAUUCUGGAGUGAUCGUAUACUACCUAUAACGCCACGAUUCGGAAGAGGGUAGCGAUUAAGCAUGCUUUUGGAUUGUAUAUCUGUAGGUAUCGACAAUUGCUAUAUUUAAUUGGAAAGGGGAGGGAGGGUUAGUAGGAACUAGGUAGGGCAUGUCAGUAAUAGUAUUGGCAUUUGAAGACUAAACCGGUAUUACCGUAAGACACUUCCAGCCACAAACGGGCUUAAAUUGCAAUAAUACUAUCAGUCAUAUGAAAUGUACGACGUCACGGGACGGCCCCCACGACCAAAGCUCGAAUGUUUUCAGCUAGCCUCUUAAGUUUAGGCCGCUUGUUUCAGCCGAACUUACGGGCUUGAAAUUAUAAAUAGUUUUUUUUUUUUGAACCACCCAGAUUAUAGGUUUAUGCUUAUUUAUAAAUUCAGCCAUAUUCAAGCCACCAA